AUGGUUGCGCUGGAACUUCCAGCAGCCAUGUCUAAGGUGGAAGUGGUAGGUCUGGUGGAGUCCAACACGGGACGACAGGCAGUCCUUGUUUCCGGUGAGCAGGAAGCUGGGCAACCAGACAGGAACUGGUUUACAAGUCAGACGGCCGCUGAUCUUUGCACCCAGAGCAGGCCUCGUACUCGCCAGAUGGGUCCGGUUUACUGUCCAAUUCUUGGCAGAGAGCCCACCACCAAAAACCGGGCACGCUCAGAUCAAAAUUCGCUCUAUGUUCGGGAAGCUUGCGAAGGGACCGUGUACGCUUCCAAUCGCUACGAAACACGAACUUCUGAGCUCUCGCGGGAAGCGCCAAGAGACGAAGCUGGCGACGGUAGAGCGCAGGUUCAAACGACGCCCACGCUGAUUUCCGCUGAAAAAAGACUCGAAGAAACCAACAGCCUUCCCUGUGUUCUCGAAGGUUCCUCUUCACACAUGCCACGCGUUCUGAAUAGCACCGUCGAAGUGCCGAUAUGCAAGUCACGGAAUAUCUCGGCGGCAGAUGAGCAGCCUGAGGUUCUGCGUGAGCGGUCACUGGAGAAAAAUGUGAAGCAUUGGUCUUCUAUUCAUUUCCUUCUAUCAGCUGCACUUCGUCCCCAGUACUCGACAACCGUCAAGGAGGACGAUUGCUCGAGACGAGCAAGGCGACGUGUUCAUACUCGAUCGCGUUCGGCAGGAUAUGGCGCUCUUCGCGUAGUCCCGGAGAAGUAUCUGCUGGAUCGAACGCAUGCUUCGGUGCUGGGGGCUUCAAAUCAGCGGGUUCUUCGAUGGCUCGCACCACACACUGGGGAGAGCGGUGUCCAGUUAUCAUCAUCAUCAUCAUCAGCAGCAGCAGCAGCAGCGCCCCGGAGCGUUACUGGCACGGGAGCACUGGUAUCCAGACCACGCGAGGGCGGAUCCGAGCAUGCGGCGCCCAAAUGUUCGAGUACGUCAUUCACUGCGCGAAAGCGUGGCCGCAACAUCUCCUGCACGCUGAACAGCAACGUGAACAAAUGCUCUUCCAGGGACACCGACUCAGACGGGUCGAGUGCAGUCACGGAGAUGAUCCCCGAUACAGAGCACAUCCUGAUCCAUCAGGCUGGCGUCAGUUCACUUGCGGUAGAGGUAGAUGGUGAAAUCGAUCCAUGGCUCAUUAUCGCCACGCUGCCGCCCCGAGAGUAUGCGGCUCCCGCGCCUCAGAUCCGCCUACCGAAGCCGGAUCCCGCCGUGCGAGAUCGCCCGACACUCGUUUUGGAUCUGGAUGAGACGCUUGUACACUGCUCGACAGAGUUUAUGUCUGAUGCUGACUUUAAUUUCUCCGUGCACUUUGAAGGAACGAAUUACACAGUAUAUGUGAAACGGAGACCUUUUUUACAGGCGCUGCUCCAGUACGCUGCUCGCUAUUUUGAAGUGGUGGUCUUUACCGCCUCGCAGAAAGCGUACGCAGAUCGUCUUUUGAACAUUUUAGAUCCUGAUCACACACUAAUCCACCACCGGCUCUUUAGAGAUGCGUGCAUCAAUGUUGCGGGUAACUAUCUGAAAGAUUUGACCGUGCUGAGUCGUGACCUGCGACGUACCAUCAUUGUGGAUAACAGCCCCCAAGCUUUCGGCUAUCAUUUGGGGAACGGCGUUCCGAUUCUAACCUGGACCGAUGACGAAAAUGACCGCGAAUUGAUCCAGCUGAUUCAUCUGUUAGAGGAUAUGCGCGACGAAUUGGAACACGGUAGCGGCGAUGUUCGUUUUCUUGUCGAGCGGCGUUUCCGCAAUAAGAAUCGCGUUGAGUUCUACAGAGCGUUUCUUGCCUCCAUUGAUUCUGCACAAUGA